UUUCUGUAGGAACAUUGAACCGUCUCCAUGAAUUAGUAGGAAUGGCACUUAUUGCAACACUACGGUGAGUAAUCAGUCAAUUUCAUAUUAGGGCCCUCGUAAAAACUGUAGGUUUGUAGCAAGCUUGUUAACAAGUUGUGAUAAUUCUGUUCCAACAACUUGUCAACAAGAUGUGUUUGCAAUGGGUUUGUAGCAAGCUUGUUAACAAGUUGUAACACAACCACUUGUCAACAAGAUGUGUUUGCAAUAGGUUUGUAGCGAGCUUGUUAACAAGUUGUAACAAUGCUGUCCAACAAGAUGUGUUUGGGAUAGGUUUGUAACAAGCUUGUUAGCAAGUUCUGCCAAUGCUGUUGCAACAACUUGUCAACAAAAUGUGUUUGGAAUAGGUUUCUAGCAAGCUUGUUAUAACAAGUCGUGACAAAGCUGUUCCAACAACUUGUCAACAAGAUAGGUUUGUAGCAAGCUUGUUAACAAGUUGUAACAAUGCUGUUCCAACAACUUGUCAGUAAGAUGUGUGUGCAAUAGGUUGUUAACAAGUUGUAACAAUGCUGUUCCAACAACUUGUCUACAAGAUGUGUUUGCAAUAGGUUUGUAGCAUGCUUGUUAACAAGUCGUGACAAUGCUGUUCCAACUACUUGUCAACAAGAUCUGUUUGCAAUAGGUUUGUAGCAAGCUUGUUAACAAGUUAUAACAAUGCUGUUGCAACAACUUGUCAGCAAGAUGUGUGUGCAAUGGGUUUGUAGCAAGCUUGUUAAAGAGGCUGUCAAGUCCGUUCUGCUCAUACGUUGUGCGUAGGCUUACAUUCCAAUGGUCGGGAGUCGACCGUUGGAAUGUUAUUAAUAUUUCGUAUAUUUUGAACUUUCUUGAAUUGAAUCUCUAGUCUGUAUUCAUUUACAAGCAUAGCGAACCAGAAAAUGUUAAAAAUUUAGUAUAAUAUAUAUCUAAUCAUAUUUUACAACUGUAGCACUGAGUUCAAAAUGGAAACAAAGCGUUUGUUUACAUUACGGACUUGACAGCCUCUUUAACAAGUUGUGACAAUGCUGUUCCAACAACUUGCCAACAAGAUGUGUUUGCAACAGGUUUGUAGCAAGCUUGUCAACAAGUUGUAACAAUUUUGUUAUUUUAUCAAGUUGCUACAAGGUUGUCACUCGCAACUUGUUAACAAAUUGUUGAUUUGCAUGACGGUAACAAGUUGUUGGAACAACUUGUAACAAUCUGUUGAGCUCAACAACCUUGCAGCAAAUUGUCAACAGACCGUUGACAACUUGUCAACAAGCUGGGAACAAGCAGUGCGAAGUUGUUGGACAGCAUUGUUGCUACAAGUCUGCUGCUGGUUUGUUGCAACUUGUGCGUAUUUGCGCGUGUAGUGCGCACGUAAAAACGCAGAAGUGGUUACAAGUCUGCAAACAAGUUGUUACAAAUCUGUUCACAAGCUGUCAACAAGUUGUGUUCGCACUGCUUGUUCCCAAUUGUUGUAACAAGUUUGGAACAGGCUGUUAACAACUUGUAACAAGCUUGAUGACAUUAUCAGACUUGUUACAAGGUUGUUCUAACAAGUCUGAUGUUGGCGACACAAGGUUGUAACAAUAUUAUUAUAUCAUGACUGUAUUGGACUUGUUGGAACAACUUUGCAGCAAGUCUGAUAAUAUCAACACGCUUGCUACAAAUUGUUAACAGCUUGUUCCAAACUUGUUGACAACUUGGGACAAGCAGUGCGAACACAACUUGUUGACGGCUUGUUGGCAGACUUGCUACAAGAUGUGAGAUUUCUGCGCGUGUGAACAAUGCUAUUCCAACAACUUGUCAUCAGGAUGUGUUCGCAUUGCUUGUUGCAACUUGCUACAAAGUUGUUGAGCUCGACGCACUGGAACAACUUGUUAUCGUCUUGCAAUUCAACAAUUUGUCAACAAGUUGUGAGUGACAACCUUGUAGCAACUUGAUAAAAUAACAACAUUGUUACAACUUGUUGACAAGCUACAAGCAUGUUGUGAACACAUCUUGUUGACAAGUUGUGAGAUUUCCACUUGUGUAACACUGCAAUAUUUCACGAGUGUUUUUUUUCUGGUUUCUUUCUAUAGGAACCCUGAACCGUCUCCACGAAGUAGGAAUGGCUGAAACUCGAUAGUGAGUAAUUAACCAAUUUCAAAUUAGCAUGGCCAGAAAUCACAAGACAAGACUAUUCUAUUUCCUUACUAAUUUGAAUAUUAUGUAAAAUUAUUAAGAUAGCUGCACUAGUCAUAGCAGAUUCAUUGACAUAUAUUUUUAAUCAGGCUGUUACUCUAUCCUCCUUUCCUGAUGAAUGGAAAAUGGCAAGAGUUAUACCUCUCUACAAAAGUGGCCAUCGAAAUAUACCUGGAAACUAUAGGCCCAUUUCAAUUCUACCAACCAUAAGCAAAAUAAUGGAACGAAUAUUAUACAAUCAACUUCACAAUUAUUUAGCUGAAUUUGGACAACUAAGUGGUGCUCAAUUUGGUUUCCGAAAAUCUCACUCGACAACAACAGCUCUUUUAGACUGUACUAAUGACUGGUAUAUUAAUGUAGAUAAAAAAUGUUUAACCUCGUAGUUUUUAUAGACAUAAAAAUUGAUACUGUCAACCAUGACAUUCUACUGAAAAAGCCGGAAUUUUAUGGAAUUAAAGGUCAAGCUCUUGACUUAUUAAAAUCAUAUCUCCCAAAUCGACAUCAAAAGUGUCAAGUAGAAAGUUUUGUUUCAUCAAAACACUUGAUUGAAUGUGGUGUACCACAAAGUUCUAUUUUGGGACCAUUGGUGUUCUUGUUGUAUAUCAACGACUUACCCGAGUGUCUUAAAAAUACAAGACCUCGGCUAUUCGCUGAUGAUACAAACUUCACAGCCUCUAGUCACUCCAUAGCUGAUAUUGAGAUUGCAGUAAAUUGUGAUCUAGAAAACCUCAGGAACUGGUUAAUGGCCAAUAAACUUAGCUUGAAUGUGGCUAAAACAGAAUUUAUGUUGAUUGGUUCUCCACAAAUGAUAAGAAAUGCUUCAAAUUCUCAACCAAAUAUUUUAAUUGAAAAAUAA